AUGGCCUCCCGGGAGCUUCUCGUGGUGAUUCUAAACCAUACCAAUGAAGAACUCAACACCGAACCUGAAUGGCCAACUCUUGUCCACGGCCAAUUCAUAAAAGACGCAGAUCUUCCACCACCGCAAGCAAUACUCGCCGGUGAGAGCGGCAUGUUGCGUUGCAAAUCGAACCACUUGGGCGGAGGGGUCGAAGGCUCAAUUACGUACCGUGUCGUCGGAUUCGGACCAAGAAACGAAGUGACAUUUUCUUGGAGCGUGCCGUAUGUUGGUGUGAAUAAGUUUAGCGCUGCUUCUGCCAUCCCCAAUUUCCAGGUGCAAACUUUGGGUGGGCAUGGUAAUCAGGCUGUUGUUGUCUUUGUUUUUGAACCAAGUCAAAAGGCAGAUGGAGGGAUGGAAGAUGGUGGAGUGUUAGCUGCCAUUGCUAAGUAUCCUCUGGAGUGUGCUGAGGGUCCUUUGAAUGGUUUUAAUCACAGUUAGGUAAAUUUAAUAUCUUGUCUCAGUUGGAAACUCACAUGUGAUGUGAUAAGAGGAUAUGUUAUUGGCUGAAUGAAUGCACUGUGUUUGUGGCGGCACACCACCAAUAUCUAUUUACCUUCGGGAGGCUUGGACUGACAGUCCAA